AAUUUCCAAAGGUCUGAGCCGUCUUCUGAGCUGGAGCAGAGCACAAUCGCAAUUGCAAAGUUGCGGAGCCUGGAGAGUUGUGAAAAGGUUGGUGGAUUUGUAAAUUGAUUUGAUUUCAUCUGAUGUGCCGCGACCAGCAUGACAACUCGCAAACUGUGUCUCCUGAGUCAUGCAUGAUCUUCCUCCGACCUGCUGCACAUGAAGGUACUCAAUUGAAGAUGAGUUCAAUAUUAUAUCACAAUAUCAAACAGAUCGCCAAGAUGAAGUCUCCUACUCUCUCGUCUUCCACCUUGCGGAAGCAGAGCCUCCUCAGCGGCACCACAGAUACGACCACUGAGCAGCCGUCCGCUUCCAAUUCCUUCUUUGGCACCAGUGCCCUGACGAACAGUAAGGAAAUAACGACCUCCGAUCAGCAUAAUAAUCUGCAAAAUAGCAAUUAUGCGCAACCUUUCGUCAACGACCCCUCCCUGGAUUAUGUUAGGAACAGCAGAGUAGUAGAACCUUUGACACCAGACGCUGUAGGACUUGUGAAGAAAGACCAAAACUACAUCCCCCUCUCCGCCAUCGUGAUGCAUCGACCCAUCCCGAAACCGCUGGAGUUUGACGAUGCCAGUUCUGACCACACGUACCGGUCGAGCGCAGCUGCGUCUUCCAACCGGUUCUUGCUUCCGCGCGAAAAAAAUACGGACGCUUUUUGUUCGACGUACCAGCACGACGUCGAGGCACCCGUCCGAGAAGACCCACAGUGGAGAGAGCGGAGCAGGCAUCUGUCGCAGAAGGUCGUGCAAAGCGAAAGUGAAGAUGUUGCUAGUAUUAGGGUUGCAGCAGCUACCAGUGGAGCAGACGAAGAGGCUGCGACAGACAAUUUCAGCGUCGCCUUCUCGGGUGCGGAGAGCAGGCAACGAAACAUCUCCUACAACAGCAAUGGAGUCAACCAGCAAGUAGUACUUUUUCAGUACAUCAAACCUAUUUUCAUUUUCGAAUCCGUUUCGAAUUACCUUUUCAAAUGGAAAUGUCGUGGGAAGAAGAUCGAGACUGAUUGAUGAAUAACGCUAAACAAAAAACGAGGACAAAACACUUUUGCAACCAGGACAAAACACUUUUGCAACCAGGUGGCUGGGGAUCAUGGACAAGCAUCAAAGCGGGAUGAACACUUGCGAAAGAUCAGUGAAAACGAAAAUACACACACCUUCUGCGGUUUACCGGUGCCUAGCAUGCAUGACUGGGACUAGAGUCUUCUUGAAGACAAGCGAAAAACCCCUUGGUCCGAAGUUUCACCUGAAACAUUUUUUUGGCUCCAGGGUAGUUUGCGAAUCUUCAAGUCGAUUACCAGAUAGAAGAGUAGUACUCACUAAGACUAUGUCUACAUAAAUAUGUGCCGUCAACGUCUCUUGUGUAUAUGCGGAAGUUUCCGCAUGACGACAUCGACCCGCUAUGAACUCAUAGUGCAGUCGCAUUGUUGUACCUGUUUCUUUUCAGAUUCAGUAAAAAAAGUUUGGUUUCUACCUUAAAACAAGAGCGAACGUUCAAUUUUCUGUACCGAGCUUUUGUGCUGCAGUAGCGUUAUUCAUGCUGUCGCUGUGUUGAGACGAGCGACGGUGUAUAGUUUCUUCUUCACCUCCUAUUGGAACGACUAUCAGUAUGAACACCAAAACGCUUUCCAUAAAUUCUAAACCUAAAAAGAAAAAUAGUUUUUCCAUAAAAUGCUUGGAUGAAAAAGAUGGAGAUUGCUCCGUUUCCGACCGCUCGCGGUUAGGGGUACUUAGCUGCUACAAUUACCUCGCGGUGCGAUAGAAGACGCCGCUCAGCGCUGGUAGGGCAUCCCGCCCUGGCGGGGUACUUAAAACAUUACUCGGGCAAAGCGAGCUGCAGAACAUUUUUAAUGUUUGUCGGGAAGAUUACAGGGUGGCAAUGCCAAUCUAGAUGGACGACUGCAGCUUUCGUAAUGUUGUAGCUGCCUAGAUAGUCUUUCCCUGAAAUUUUUUAGCAUGUAAUCAAAAAAAGAAACUAUACUGGAAAAAGUGAAGCAGAAGCAUAAUAUAAAUACAAGGGGGCGACUUUCGAAUUUUACCUGUUUCAAAUUCACGACGUCACACUAGUGGCUGUAACAUAAAUUCGUGCGACGUGCUACAAGAACAGAAAGAAGAAUUUUGCAGUAGUACUGCAACCUCGAAUGAAAAUGAAUAGAUUCACUGCUAUUGCUAGUAGUACACGAUGAUUCUCAGUUUUAGUUGCACUUGUGAUUGAUAGGAGUGCCUGUCAUAUAAUCAGCAUAGAAAACGAAAACCAAUAAAGACCAAGAGAAAUUCCAUAGGCGUUUCUAGCCUCAAAUGCAUAGAAGUUGGUUUAGAUGCGAGUUUCAAACAAUUUUUCCCAAGCUUACGGCACAUGUCGUGUAUCUGCAAGCUGAUAUUAAAACUACACAUGAAACGAAAAAACACGAAC